GUUCUUGGCGGCCGCGGCGGCGGCGUUGGCCCGGGAUGGCUUUCAUGGAGAAGCCCCCGGCCGGCAAGGUGCUGCUGGACGACACGGUGCCGCUGACAGCGGCCGUCGAGGCGAGCCAGAGCCUGCAGUCGCACACGGCCACAUGGACAGCACUGUCUUCUUGUCAUUUCCUCUCUGCCUCGCUGCUGCGACGGGGGACAGUUCUCACUCACUUUUGGGUCUCAGUCUGGUAGCCUUUCAUAGGUGUGUGCCAGAUGGGAAUAUAUCAUCAGGGUACAAAGAGGAAUUUCCACAGAAAACAGCUGGCAGAUUGUGCGAAGAUACAGUGACUUCGAUUUACUUAACAGCAGCUUGCAGAUUGCAGGCCUGAAUUUGCCUCUUCCUCCCAAGAAACUGAUUGGAAACAUGGACCGUGAAUUCAUAGCCGAGAGACAGAGAGGCCUGCAGAACUACCUUAAUGUCAUCAUGGCAAAUCACGUCUUGUCCAAUUGUGAGCUUCUUAAGAAGUUCCUAGACCCAAACAACUACUCUGCAAACUACACCGAGAUCGCCUUACAACAAGUUUCCAUGUUCUUCCGAUCGGAACCCAAGUGGGAGGUGGUGGAACCCCUGAAAGACAUAGGUUGGAGGAUAAGGAAGAAAUAUUUCCUGAUGAAAAUUAAAAACCAACCAAAGGAACGACUAGUGUUGAGCUGGGCUGAUCUUGGCCCAGACAAGUACUUGUCAGAUAAAGAUUUUCAGUGCGUUAUCAAGCUUCUGCCUUCCUGUGUGCACCCUUACAUAUAUCGGGUUACCUUUGCCACGGCUAGCGAAUCCUCAGCAUUGCUGAUUAGAACCUUUAAUGAAAAAGGAACGUUGAAGGAUCUGAUCUACAAGGCAAAACCAAAGGACCCCUUCCUAAAGAAGUACUGCAACCCUAAGAAAAUCCAGGGCCUUGAACUCCAGCAAAUAAAAACAUAUGGACGGCAGAUAUUAGAGGUACUAAAGUUUCUCCACGACAAGGGGUUCCCUUAUGGCCACCUCCACGCGGCUAAUGUGAUGAUGGAUGGUAACACCUGCCGGCUGCUAGAUCUUGAAAAUUCCUUGCUGGGUCUACCUUCCUUCUACCGACCCUACUUCACACAAUUCAGGAAGAUCAAUACACUGGAAAGUGUAGAUGUUCACUGCUUUGGACACUUACUGUAUGAAAUGACUUACGGACGACCCCCAGACUCCGUGCCUGUUGACUCCUUCCCUCCUGCACCAUCCAUGGCUGUAGUGGCCGUGUUGGAGUCUACGCUGUCUUGUGAAGCCUGUAAAAAUGGCAUGCCUACCGUCUCCCGGCUCUUACAGAUGCCAUUAUUCAGUGAUGUUUUACUAACAACUUCUGAAAAGCCACAGUUUAAGAUUCCCACAAAAUUAAAAGAGGCUUUGAGAGUUGCCAAAGAAUGCAUAGAAAAGAGACUCGUUGAAGAACAGAAGCAGAUUCACCAACAUCGAAGACUAACGAGAGCUCAGUCACACCACGGGUCUGAAGAAGAAAGGAAAAGGAGAAAGAUCCUAGCUCGGAAGAAAUCCAAGCGGUCUGCCGUUGAAAACAGCGAAGAGCAGCCAGCGAAGCUCAGCUCCAACAACUCAGCAGGGUCUGGGGCCAGCUCACCCCUCACGUCUCCGUCGUCUCCAACUCCACCCUCCACAGCAGGGCUAUCUUCUGCAUCCCCUCCACCUCCUCCUCCUCCUCCUCCGCCUCCACCAGCAGGGCCCUCGACCUCAGGCACGGAGAUGCCUGUCCCGCUCCUGCCCCAGGAUGUGAACGGCGUGAACCGCGGGGCCUUGCUCAGCUCCAUCCAGAAUUUCCAAAAGGGAACUUUGAGGAAAGCCGAAACCUGUGACCACAGUGCGCCUAGGAUCGGCUGACGCUUCCUGUUUACACCAGGAGGGCGAGCUCUUGGCUGUUGCACUCCGCCUAAGUCCCUCUUCCUAGGCGAGUCCUGCAGAGCCAGCACAGCCAGGCUCCAGGGUGAGACGAGGGGGGCCAGCACUGCUCCUCAACACUUGCUCCCUGUGACUCUGAUGGGCUUCCUUUGGGGGCAGCAGCGCGUGGGAGUCAUUAUUUUCACCAGCUAAAGGAAAACGACAGAGAAGCAUAAGCAGUGGCAAUGUUCUGUCACACAGUGACUGGCCUAUUGCGACCCUCCUACUCCAUCAGAAGUGUUCUCCUAGGUCAUUCUCUGAAGCUUCUGUGGUUGUUUCUUAGGUAGUUCACCUCAGCCGCUAACACUGUAACAAGGCCGUCACACUGCUGAGGCAGAGGCAAGAGCUCUCUUCAUUCUCUUUCCAAGGGCAGGGGAAGGAAUCUCACGGUGGUUGAGAGCAGUCACACUGGAUUCCAUAGUCUCUUCAGUUAGGAUGUACCAAAACAGACAGAAACAUUAACCACAGAAAAAUCUCUUGCCAGUUAAGACAUUGUCUCAGUCCUCGUAAGUCCAGGUUGGGAUAGAGGGAGAGUCAUCAUUACAAGUGAAUCUGGUCUAUGGCAAUCACUUCUAUUUGAUUUAUCCAACUUCGGCAUCUUUUUUGAUGUUAUUCGGUUAUUAGAAACCUUUCAUUCUGUGAUUUGCUUAAACCUUUAAAUUGCACUUUAAAGGAUUAUUAAAAAAUCCAUUUUAAAAUUCAAAUGCACACAUCAGUGUUGGUUACUAUGCAGAAAGAAUGUCAUUGUAUAUAAUUUCAUGUAAUCUGUGAUACAUACUCAGCUGUAUUUUGUAUUAAAAUAAAUCAUGUGAAAACA